AAUGGGUUUAUGGCAAAUGAGGAUUUGAAUCGAGCAAGAGAGCUUUUUGAUCAAAUGCCAGAGAAGAACGUGAUUUCUUGGACCACGAUGAUUAAUGGGUUUUCACAAAAUGGAGACCAUGAAAUGGCGUUAUCAAUGUUUUCCAAGAUGUUAGAGAAGGAUAUGCGGCCUAACAAGCUUACUGUUGUUUCUGCUCUUUCAGCAUGUGCAAAACUUGGUGCCCUUCAGAUUGGAGCACGAAUUCACAAUUAUCUUGUGGACAAUGGUUUCUGUGUGAACGGAGGCAUUGGAACUGCUUUGGUAGACAUGUAUGCAAAAUGUGGUAAUAUCGAGUCUGCUAGUUUGGUAUUUGGUGAGACAAAACAUAAGGAUAUUCUUACCUGGAGUGUUAUGAUAUGGGGUUGGGCAAUCCAUGGACGUUUUGAACAAGCUAUGCAGUGCUUCAGACAGAUGAUGUAUUCAGGAAUACAACCGGAUGGAGUCGUGUUUCUUGGCGUACUAACUGCAUGCGUGCAUUCUGGGCAAGUAGAUAUGGGACUUAAUUUCUUCCAUAGCAUGAAGCUCGACUAUUCAAUUGAACCCACCAUGAAACAUUAUGCAUUAAUUGUUGAUCUAUUAGGCAGGGCAGGCCGGCUAGAUGAAGCUAUGAAAUUCAUUAGAAAUAUGCCAAUAAAUCCUGAUUUUGUGAUAUGGGGAGCACUUUUCUGUGCUUGCAGAGCGCACAAAAAUAUUAAGAUGGCAGAAGUAGCCUCAGAGAGGCUAAUGGAGCUUGAACCUAAGCAUCCUGGGAGCUAUGUUUUCUUGUCAAACAUUUAUGCUGCAGCAGGAAGAUGGCAAGAUGUGGAGAGAGUGAGAAUGUUUAUGCAGGAUAGAGGAGUCGGGAAAGAUCCAGGGUGGAGUUAUAUUGAGGUGGAUGGUCAAGUGCAUAGCUUUGUUGCUGGCGAUCAAUCUCAUAUGAAUGUAAAAGAAAUAUACAUGAAGUUAGAGGAAAUCAUGUCUAGUGCUAGGGAAAGAGGAUACACGCCAGAAACUGGAUGGGUACUCCAUAAUAUUGAAGAAGAAGAGAAAGAAGAUGCAUUAGGAAGUCACAGUGAGAAGUUGGCAGUCGCUUUUGGGCUCAUUAGUACUUCUCCUGGCGUGACCAUUAGGAUUGUGAAGAACCUUAGGAUCUGUGGGGAUUGUCAUUCUAUGAUGAAAUAUACUAGUAAGGUAAGCCAAAGGGAGAUCGUACUUAGAGAUAUAAAGCGAUUCCAUCAUUUCAAGGAUGGGAUCUGUUCCUGUGGAGAUUAUUGGUGACAUGAUGUGGUGAAUUUUUGGCCCUGGGUCUUGUUCAAUUGCUAUUGCUGUUUGGAUCUCCAUAAAGUCAAACGGAGGCUGUCUCAUUUUAAAUUCGAGAAGAAGUGGAUGAAGUUUGAUGGUUUUUAGGAGUUCAUCAAGAAGUGGUGGUUUUACUCCUUUCCUGAGGAGAUGGUCUCCAGAAGGUUAAACUAUGUUAAGAUGAAGAUCAAAUCCUAGAGCAAGAUGCUUUCGGGUCUUUUAAGGAGAAAAGAGACAAUAUUUUGGCAGAAAUGUAUUGAUUAAUGCCUGUGAAGUGGAUAGGAAAUUGCAGAUUCUUACAAGCAGGAAAGCAGUCUUUUGCAAAUGGAGCUGCCUACUUUGAUGUUAUGGAGGAACUUGCUUGGAGACAGUCGUCCAGUUUCUGGUUUAUUUUGCUGCUUAUCAAUUCCUUACUGUGAUUGAAUGGAUUAGUUUAUCUCUUAACAGACAGAAAGAAGGCAGAAGCUUGGAUUACCACCUGAAGAGCCUGCAGCUGCAAAACCAUCUGCCCCUAAUGUGGAGGAGAAAAAGGUAUAGGGUUGUCCAAAUUAUAACUUUUUAUAGAUCAAAAGAUCUUACUUGCAGACUUAAAUUUAUGUAACUAAACUUCUGCUCAAAAUAUCUUAAAAGACUUCUUCUUUUGGCUUAUGUAAGUAAAAACAGUAGUUAUUGAAGCCACAUUAAUGAACUC